AUGGAUUUGGAUAGCACUGAAGGUCCAAAUGAAGUUCGUUCCGCAGUGUAUCGAGCUGCUCUAAAGCUUCGCACGUUACAAAAACUAUGUCAGAUGCACCUGGUGUCACUGCAGGAUUUGCGUCCAGUUCUAAAUACUUUGAGCAGUUCUGGGGAACCAGUGAUUAGUCUUGCUCAAGCAGAUGUACAGCAGUAUCUAGAAGAUCUAUUCCAGAAUAUUUCACAUGAACUUCCAGAUGAUGCGGUCCCUGAAGCCACCGAUCAAACCACCAGGCUUCUCUUUAAACUGUUUGACAGAGAGCAUACUGGUGUUAUUCUGCUCAGGUCGGUGGAGGCCUCGCUGAUCGCCCUCUGUGGAGACACUCUCUCAGCUAAACAGAGAGCUCUGUUCCGCCUGGCUGAGAGCUACAAUGGGCAUCAGGAGAGUGACAGGGGCUCUAUGAGUCGAAGUGCACUCAAAAUCCUGCUGGAAGACCUCAGCCAAGUUCCAGCAGUUGUUCAGGAAAACCAUGUUUUUGGUCAAGCUGAAGCUGCAGUGUGCUCUUGCUUUAAUGGGGUAAAUAGUGCACGUGUGACUGAAGGGCAUUUUAUUGGCUGGCUGCAGUCAGAACCCCGGCUGCUGUUAUGGCUGUCCACUCUCUACAGGAUUUCAGUGAGUGAAGCUGUACAGCACAGAGUCCGCUGCCAUGCCUGUAAAGCCUUUCCUAUCACUGGCCUCAGGUAUCGCUGUUUGAAAUGCCUGAACGUACACCUGUGCCAAAGCUGCUUUCUGACUGAGGGACGCAGCAGGAAACACAAGCCCUCUCAUCCUGUACUGGAAUAUUGCACUCAGCCAUCCUGGAAGGAGUCAAUGGCGUCUCUGGCCUCUAGUGCUCGACACGCUUUGGUACCUCGACAUGCUCGGAGAGAAGCAGAGAGGAAGAGAGCCCUGAGAGCAGGCUCUAAUGCAGAGCUGCAAUACAGUGCCCCUUCUCCAGCGCUGCAGUCUGUAGCAGAUCCAGACAUGCAUAAUGCUCCUGAAAUAAGUCUGACUGCCACCCCUGCUGCGGUUCCAGUAGAGUCUAAAGGCCUGCAAACAGAGGAGACAGAGAUUCCUCAGAGAGAAACAGCUAUUCUCCAAAAAGACCUCAGUGUUACUCAGAAGGCCAUGAGGGAUCUGCAGAGAGAUAAAUGGCUCCUGGAGAAAGAGUUUCAAGUGUGGAGAGUUGCAGCACAGUCAGAACAUGAUUCACUGGAGGACACAUGUACUGAGCUGAAGACCAUGAUGGAGGCACUGAACCAACAUAAUCAGCAUCUGGAAGAAGAAGUGGACAGAGUCAGACAUAUGUUGUGUGUGAGAGACAGAGAUCAGCUCAGAAUUGACAUUCAUUCCCAUUCAGACCUUCAACCAGAACAUGAUGAUAGCAUUAGUGAAAAGGACUGGACUCAUCCUGGGUGUUUAAAACCUCAAGACAGCUCCAGUGAAGAAGAGCAGGUUCAGGAGGGGAGAGAAGCAUAUCAGGAAGGAAGAAUAGAAGUGGAUGAGGAGACUCUUUAUGAUGUAUCAGAAAACAUCUUCACAAAUCUGGAUGAUACAGAAGAGGAUGUCCGUACAGCUUCAGAGCGGCAAGAGGAAGUUGAGGAGGAGGAGCUACAGGAGGAGCUACCCCAUAAAACACAAAAUCUUUCUUUACUUCAUCGAUCCAUGUCUGAUUUAGCUCUGGAAGAGCACCCGGACUCAGAUGACUCAGAGAUGGAUGAGGAAGAGGAACUUUGUGAGCUUGUACAGCGACUUCGAAAUGAGCUUUCUCUAUAUACAGCCACAGGUUUGUGCCUUCAUUGGUCGGUCAGUCUGCAGAAAGAAAAGCUAAUGUCGGCAGCAGAGGGAGUGAGAGAUUCUGUUUCUCAUCUUGUCACUUCUGUGAGAACCACCAGUUUGGCAUGAUGGCAGCCAAAAGAACUUUCCCUUACCUGCAAACAAUGCAAGCCAAUUUCCAUCUCUCAUUUCAUCACAAAGUUAACCAUAACAGCAGAUGCUCACAGUGGACUGAUGGUUGACAAUUCACAAUUUAAUGAAAUCUAAAAAUAAUUAGGCUCCAAGGUUUAUUUCACUAUUUAUAUAAAAUGAGGCGUUGGUUAAUAUUAGAGAGGCACUGAUACUUACAUUCAGAUGAUACAGAAAAGGCAAUGAUUAUAUUCUUGUUACUAUGAAAAUAUUUGAAUUGAAUUGGUCAGUUGUGACAUUCCAUGGUCAGAUUAUUUGCUGUUCAGGACAAGAGUGCCUUUGCUUUGAUUUAGGUAUUUCUGGGUUUAUUUUGAGACAACGACCAGGUGACCCUUAAUUAUAGCCCAUACCAAUAACUUACCAAUAUUAUAGGCCAUUGCAAUUUUGUCUAAAAAUAUCAAAUCACAGUAAAACUAAGGAAAAAGCCACAACAUAUAGCAAAACAUAUAUAGGCCUACUGUUUGAUUAGAUUAUUCUUGACAAAAAUAUAAAUACUAAGAGAACAGAACUAUAAUCUAUAGAUUAUAGGUAAAUGAGAAGUUGUUAUUUAAGAAAGUUUCUGAAACAAAAUUAUAUAGAAUACACAUACUACAUCUAUGAACAUUUGUAGCCCUGAGAUAAGCAGAAAAAAAAAAUAUUCAGCAUUUUACGUGCAUCUUAAUUGAAAGACAUGAUGUAGGGAAAACUAAUAUAAGCAGAAGUUAAUAUUGGACACUGAUACCAUUACCAUUAAAUUUAGAAAAUCUAAUAUUGAGCAAUUAAUGAUAUCGUUCAUAUAGUUAAUGUGAUUUUAUAGCAAAUUUAUAUGCUUUUUUUAUUGAUUUUGUUUAAUACUAGACAUCUCGGAUGUUAUUUUAUAACAGUCUGUUGGACAAUAAAUAAACAUUAAUAUCUUAUUAUGGGUUCUGAAAAAAAAUUGAAUAUGAAGUGUUUUUAAAUUUCAGUGUGAAUGCAAAGUCUGAACUGAACGUACUGAACGUACUAAAAGGAAGAAUUCUGAACUGAUGAUGUGUUUCAUGUCAAAAAAAAAAAAAAAGAUCUCAAAGU